GGGAGCAAAAAUAUGUGCGCUGGCUGUACGUAAGAAACAUGAAGACAAUCCUAUAAAGAAACUUUUUUACAGCCACUGAAGACAGCUUUUGAACAACUCGGUUAUUUGCUAAAGUUUGUGAAAGUCGGAAAUAAACGUUGUUCCCUUCAUCAUGGACCUGUUUCCAGCCCAGGAGGCCGCUAAAAUCUACCACACCAACUAUGUGAGGAACUCCCGGGCCAUCGGCGUCAUGUGGGGCGUGUUCACCAUCUGCUUCGCCAUCAUCACCGUGGUGGUCUACAUCCAGCCCUACUGGAUCGGGGACAGCGUCAACACGCCGCAGGCCGGGUACUUCGGCCUUUUCCAAUACUGCAUCGGCAACGCGCUCACCUCGGAGCUCAUCUGCAAGGGCAGCUUCUUCGACUUCAACUCCAUCCCGUCGCCGGCCUUCAGGACGGCCAUGUUCUUCGUGGGGACCUCCAUGCUGCUGGUGGUGGGAACGAUGGUGGCCUUCAGCUUGUUCUUCUUCUGUGACGCAGGGACCGUCUACAAGAUUUGUGCGUGGAUGCAGCUGGCCUCAGCUGUGUUGAUGGCGAUGGGCUGCAUGAUCUACCCUGAUGGCUGGAACGCAGCGGAGGUAAAGAGGAUGUGUGGCCAGAGAACAGAUAAGUACACCCUGGGAAACUGCACCAUGCGCUGGGCCUACAUCCUGGCCAUCAUCAGUAUUUUGGACGCCAUUCUUCUGGCUCUACUAUCCUUCACACUUGGUAAUCGGCAGGAUAAACUAUUGCCAGAUGACUUUGAGAUGAAUGAACCAGACAAGUCAUAAACUUGUGGAUCUUCAGAACAGAAGAAUGAUGAAGAUCCCAGUUUCAUGGAGUGAAAUCAAACCUUUUUUCUCUUCGAAGCUGCAGUGCUAUUCAUCUGUAAUAUUUUUAUUCUGUCUCCAAAUAAACAUGUACACAGUCA